GUUUUACCACUUGGUGUCUGAACGUCUGAACAACACAACAUCUCGCGUGGUCGGUCGCAAAUUUCUAUUCGUCUAAAAGUAGUCUUAUUCGUCUUUUUGAAUGAAGUUACGAGUAAAUUGCAUUGCUUCAUUGUAAAAACAUUCUUUCUCUCUUUCACCCGACGAAUUCUAAGUGAUUAUUUAGAGUCUCAGUUUUUCCAAAAUCAUUAGACAAGACACAAUCGUACAAAAUGUUCGACGUCUUCGGAUCGUUGAAAGGCUUGUUGAAGCUCGAUUCUGUCAACAUCGACAACAACAUUUUCCGACUGCAUUACAAAGCAACAGUGAUUAUUCUCAUUUCUUUCUCGUUGUUGGUGACAUCACGUCAGUACAUAGGCGAUCCUAUUGACUGCAUCGUUGAGGGCAUACCUAGCAAUGUGAUGGAUACAUACUGUUGGAUCACUUCCACUUUCACCAUUCCUACUUCCAAAAUUCAAGAAACAGAUAAUUUUCAUCCAGGAGUCCGUCCACAAUAUGAAGGCGAUCAAGUUAAAUACCACCAAUACUACCAGUGGGUCUGCUUUGUACUCUUCUUUCAGGCUCUUCUAUUCUAUUUUCCAUACCACCUCUGGAAGUCUUGGGAAACAGGAAAGAUGAAAAUGCUCGUGCUAGACCUCAACUGUCCCAUCAUUGCUGAAGAAACUAAAAAAGAGCGGAUAAAACUGCUAGUCAACUACUUUGCUUCCAACCUGCACAACCACAACUUCUAUGCUUUCCGAUUCUUCGUCUGCGAAAUUCUCAAUUUUAUCAACGUUAUUGGUCAAAUAUAUUUCGUUGAUUUUUUCCUCGGUGGAGAAUUCGUCACUUACGGCAGAGAUGUUAUCAGCAUGACCGAAAUGGAGCCGGAAGAUCGCAUAGACCCCAUGUCUAAGGUGUUCCCUAAAGUUACUAAAUGCACGUUCCGAAAAUUUGGCCCGUCUGGUACAAUAGAGAGAAUUGAUGGACUAUGCAUCCUUCCGUUGAACGUUGUCAACGAAAAAAUUUACGUUUUUCUCUGGUUUUGGUUCAUCUUGUUGGCUGUGUUGAGCAGCUUGGCGCUGAUAUAUCGUUUAGCUGUUCUCUCGGGAUCUCGAACCCGGAUGUUUCUGUUGAGAGCACAAGCCCAAUUAGCACCUUGCAACGAAGUUGAAUCGGUGUUUCGAAAAUGUCAAAUCGGAGAUUGGUUUAUCCUUGUUCUUCUCAGCAAAAACAUUGACCCUCUCGCCUACAAAGAACUAAUCUGUGAUCUAGCCUGUCGAUUCGAAGGAAGGGAAGAAAUUCAACCGGCAUAAUUCUACAUUAGGGCCAAUCAGCAAUUACUUCUAGACUUUGUAAGCACGUGGAUUGAUUAUGUUUUCAUCCCAAAGGUGGUACAAACGUUCUGCAUUUUUAACUAAAAGUAGCGCGUUACAAAAGUAUAGUUUCUGAACAUGAAACCCAGAAAAGCAUCAACCAGGGCAUCAACUGAAAUCAAAAUUUAAAUACGGAAUUUUUGUUAUGUUUUUAGGUAUUUUACAAAUGAUCCUCAAGAUUCCUUUGAAUUGGACCUUGGAAAACUGAUCACUUGCCUCAUCGAAUAUGGAAAUAAAUCCUGGAAAUGCGAGAUAAUCAUAUCAAUAAUCUAGUAGAACUUAUAAAAAAACCGUUUCUCUGUUGGUGUAAAAUGAGUGUAUGAAUUAGAAUAAUUGAUAUCACCGUUCUAUUCACAA